GUUUUCUGAGGGCGCAAACACUUGACACUUGCUUGUUUACAUGGACACUUGCUUGUUUACACUUGACACUUGGCUUGUUUACACUUGACACUUGCCUGUUUACACUUGACACUUGCUUGUUUACUGAUGUAGCUGCGAUGUGGACACGCAGCGGCGGCGCCAUGCUCGACCACGCGCUGCACACGCCAGUGACGCACGCGUCCAUCGAGGCGGCCGACGUCGCCGCCACGUGGUACGCCAUCGAGGAGGAGCUCAAGGGCCUAGACUUGUCUACAGUAAAACCCGUCGGCCACCAGUACCUGCUCGUGCACACCGUCGUGCACGAGGCGUUUGCCGGCAGGGGCUACAGCCACAUCCUGUACGUCCGCGCACCCCUCCCCCUUCCAGAGAAGGAGCUGACAGAGACGAGCGGCCGCGCCAUCGCCGCCGACAUCUUCGCCGCCAAGUUCGCGCACGAUUUACGCAUCCCGGGCGAGUGGGCGCGCUUCCGCGCCGCGCUGUUGGAAGACGAUGGCUGUGGUGCUGUCGACCUGCUCGCGCGCGUCGAGGGAUACCUGGGCCGCGCGUUCAACCCGCACACGCUGGUCGAGUGCCUUGACGGGCUGGACGCGUUUCUGGCGCGCGCCAGGCGGGAUUAUGCGGCGCGGCUGAGUGUGGUUGAAGUGGAUGAGGUGCAGGGCUUGACGGGGGAGGAGGAUGAAGAGGAGGGGAGGUGAAGGAGGGUGUAGGAUUUCACGAGGCAAUAGGGAGGCGCCAUCGGUGUGGAAAUGUCUAGGGCAUCAGAGUUGAUGGCUCCUGUUUAGGGUGGGGAGUGGGUUGCAUAGUCAUGCUUUGAUCUUGUUUGGUUGUCA